AUGUUUUUCUUUGCAGAUCUGAAUCUGCUGGACUGGAGUUCAGAAAAUCUUGUUGCCAUAGGGUUAAAAUCAGCGACAUAUAUCUGGAAUGGAGAAAGCAAUAUUGUGAUACAAUCACUACAUGUAGAUUCACCGUCCACAUAUGUUUCUUCAGUAUCAUGGAUAAAUGGUGGGACAUGUCUGGCCAUUGGGACCAACAAUGGAGAAGUUCAGUUGUGGGACAUUGAGACCCAGAAAAGGCUCAGGAACAUGCUGGGACAUAUGUCAGUAGUUGGAGCUCUGAGCUGGAAUCAGCAUAUCCUCAGCAGUGGCUGCAGGCUUGGCCAUAUACAUCACCAUGAUGUUCGUGUGGCACAACACCAAAUGGGAACAUUACGUCACCAGCAAGGCAUUUGUAGUCUAAAGUGGUCACCAUCAGAAAAGCACUUGGCCAGUGGAUCAAGCGAUGGUCACCUAAAUAUCUGGCCAUAUGAUCCAGGAUCAAUCAAGCUAAACACUCCUCUACAGAGCAUCCUACACCCUACUGCUGUAAAGGCCAUGAACUGGUGUCCUUGGCUCUCAGAAACUCUUGCUGUUGGAGGUGGAAUGCGUGAUGGACAAAUACGCAUCUGGGACACAAGUAGUGGAAAAAACACCAAUUCAAUUAAUACAAACUCACAGAUCUGUUCCAUUCUUUGGCUUCCCGAAACAAGAGAGUUGGCCACCAGUCAUGGGACACCGAGGAACCAGGUGACUGUCUGGCAGUAUCCAACUUUGCAAAAACUGACAGAUAUAUAUGAUCACAAAGGAAGAGUUUUAUAUCUUGCAUUAAGUCCAGAUCAAAAGCGGAUCUUUUCUGCAGCUGCAAAUGAAACAGCAGUUAUAUGGAAAUACUGGCGAGAAUAA